UUAAAUUAGAAGAAGACGCAUUGGCAGAAGAAAAAAUGGUGGCAGUGAGCAGGGUAUAGCUCAGACUUAUCGUUGAGCAAAGCAACUAAAGUAGCUACAUCUGUUAGCCGGGAGAGGGCCUGGGUUUAUUGCAUGGGUAGUGUGAAAAGCCUAUAUAGUUUAGUUGUAUCCACAGUGGUUAUUUUACUUGCCAUGUCUACCAACGUUGAUGUUGGAGGUGAAAAGCUUGCCUCUGUAGAUUUCGAGAUAUUCGGGAACGUCCAGGGUGUUUGCUUCAGAAUGUACACAGAAGACCAGGGGAAGAAGCUGGGUGUUAAUGGCUGGGUGAAGAACACAAGAGAAGGAACAGUGAUUGGCCAGUUACAGGGGCCCCAUGACAAGGUCAAUGAAAUGAAGGUGUGGCUGAGUAAGGUGGGGAGUCCCAGCUCACGCAUUGACCACGCCGAGUUCUCUAACGAGAGGGACAUCCCCAAACUGGAAAUCCAUGGCUUUGGCACUCGCUACUGACUGCCAGAGCAGCGAAUAAGCACCGCAGCAGCAAGUAUCCACCCUGAGGCCUGCCCCAAAGGAAUUAGUAGCUUCUCAACUUCUAAGGUGCUUGAUUUGACCUGUAAUAUUCAUAUCUUCACAGUUUUAAAUGUCAUUCUGAAGCCUGUUAUGCCAUUUAUUUAUUGUUUGAAGAAAAGUAAUUUGAAUGCUCUGUUAUCAUGUCACCCACAACAGAAGUUUGACAUGAUUAGUUUGCUAAAUGCAACUUUUAAAUUGCACUUAAAUGCCACCAUAUAUGUCAAUAAUAGUCAACCUUUACAAUGUUGAGUUCAUCCCAUCAAAGACAGAAAUAAAAUAAUUUAGUGAAA